GUACAUAGUGGGAUAGCCUUUAAAAUAAUUUUGAAAUUGAUAACAAAGUUGGCUACAAGCAAAUCUCACGUAUGGUUAUUGCGGCCUAAGACUGCGGCAGGGAAAGGUGUUCUUAGCUAUUUGAACGUACCAAAUCAUUGGAAUGGACGCUGACGAGGGCACCCAUGGGCAUGGAGAGUUUCCGUCAGGAACAGCACACUUGUCCACCCAGGUCGCGGGUCAUUCCUGCGACAACAAGAACUACAGUUUCGGUCUCCUCGUCAAGAGUGGCAGAUACGUGCUGAAGCCUGUAGAGAAAGAGCAACAUGGAAAUAGAGAAAUCGACUUUUACCGCAGAGUGACUUCGACAAAAGACCCUUUACUGCUGGAGUUGAAGGCUUUAGUUCCCGAGUUUUAUGGAACCGAGAUUCUUUCAUGGAAUGACUCAAGAGUAAAUUACAUUGUCUUAAGUAAUGUGACUCAUGGGAUGGCUCAGCCCUGCGUUAUGGACAUCAAAAUAGGAAAGCAAACAUGGGACCCAUAUGCUACGGAAGCCAAAAGACAAAGGGAACAAGAAAAAUACGCAGUCAUUAAGCAACAUUAUAGUUUUUGUAUCCCUGGUUUUCAAGUUUAUGACGCAAGUACCUCAGAGUUCAAGAAAUAUGGUAAAGAUUUUGGGAAGAAUCUGACCAUCGAUGGGACAGUUGAAGCAUUCAAAACCUUCUUCAACCUCUCCCACGAGUCUGGGAGAGCAACUCUCCUGCACAUUUUAGAAAGACUGAAGAAAAUCGUCAAGUGGUUCAAGAGCCAGCGGCAUUUUCAUUUUUAUUCUAGCUCCAUCCUGAUAGCUUAUGAUGCUAAAGAACUGUCAAACUUCCCUUCAGCGACUGUCACUAUGAUAGAUUUUGCGCAUGUUUAUCCUGCCAAUGGAGAAGAAGACUUAAACUACAUUGCUGGGGUGGAAAAACUGGUAGAAUUACUUGACAGCAUUGCUGUUUAAAAUCAAUUAUUGAAAAAUAUCUUGAUUCAUUCCAAUAACGUAUUGUCAAUGUAUUUCUGGUUAUUAUUUUAUGAAUGUUCAUAGUACCAAUAUUGUAUUUUGAACUGGAAAUGUCAAAUAAAUUGUGUCUUCGGGGAACCAAAAGAA